CUCUUCUUAUCGAUGCAUUUGCGCUACAGACUAAGGAGGAUCUGAAGUCUGCCCUUGAGUUAGUAGCUGCACAGCGCAGCAGUGCUCCGCAACGCGACGCCCCUCCGCACCUGCAAUACGCAUGGCGACCGUGCACCGGCUCAGCUUCACGAGGCUGACAGCCAGCACGCAGAACGACGACGAGUUCUGCUUGAAUAUUGUAUUCGUCCACGGCCUGCGAGGCCAUCCUCGAGGAACAUGGGAGGCAGCCGCAGCCGCAGGAACGACCGAGAGCGCGAGCGCAAGUAAUGGCGGCAGCGACACGACCAGGAAGUUCAAGGGCCUAGGGUUUUUGCUCAAGCGACGAACGGCUAAGUCUCCUGCAACGGAGACAGCACAAGCGCACCGCCCCUCCUCUGGCCUCUCCUCCAACCCCACAUCAUCUUCACCAGCACCGUCAUCAGCACCGUCCACCGUCUUCUGGCCAGAAGAGUACCUCGCACGAGACAUCCCCCGGGCUUGCGUGUGGACGUACGGAUAUAAUGCCGACGUCAUUGGGGGUCUUUUCCAGGCCAACAACAAGAACAGCAUCUCGCAGCAUGGCCGAGAUCUGUCAGUCAGGCUGGAGCGGGAGAUUGACAAUGGAAAACCGCUUGCGUUCGUAGUACACGGUCUUGGUGGUAUCAUCCUCAAAGAUGCUAUCCGCCGGUCGGAGACAGUGCGCAAGCGGACAAGGCUCAUCAUCUUUCUUGGAACGCCGCACCGAGGCAGCGCGUAUGCAGGCUGGGGCCAGAUUGCAUCCAACCUCGCCCGCCUGGCGCUGCAGGACUGGAAUAAGAAGAUCCUCGAGACGCUCGAAGUGAACAAUGAAGUGCUGGACAACAUCCACGAGGAGUUUAAGACGAUUGCGUUCAAGGGGACGAUCAAGGUCCACUCCUUCCAAGAGGCACGGGGCGUUACUGGCGUGCGCGGACUCGAGGAGAAGGUGGGUAUGUCACAGAAGUUACAGAGCAAAGCUAACCGCUGCAGGUGGUAGACGACUUCUCGUCUAAACUCGACCUUCCACGAGCACUCGAGACUGUCGAGAGCAUCGACGCGAACCACAUGCAGAUGGCUAGAUGCAGUAGCAGAGACGACCAGGGCUAUCGUGCCAUCUCUGGCGUCUUGAAAGCACACGUGCGACAGGAGCUGCAAAGCCAGCAGACGCCGCUUGCUGUUGUUAGAGGUUGUGCUUUAGAAAAGGCGAAUACUGCUUGUACGUAAGACCAUCACGUGUA